UAAUAUAUCGUGAUCUGAAGCCGGAAAAUAUUCUACUCGAUUCGGACUAUCACAUACGAUUGAUUGAUUUCGGUCUUUCCAAGUGGCUGUCCAUUGGAUCGAGGACUUCGACGCUCUGUGGGACUCUUAAAUAUAUGGUGUGGGAUUUGACACGUUAUACCAAAAUGGCGUACACGGCUUUCGCACUUCGCACUUUAUCUUAAACCGUUUAAUUCGUACGCGAUUAUUAACCAUGACAUGCCAGUGACGCCGUCACGAUGAACGCACGCGAUUUCAACUUCGAAAUCGCCAUGGACGGUAGCCAAGUAGACGAGGUGGUAGCCAGUAUCUUCCAUACAGUGCUAUUCCACCGAUCGAGUGGCAAAUUCACCUACAACAACGAAGAGAGUUACUCCAUACGAACCGUUAAUUAUGUGGACGUUGACUGCGAUUUCAUAGACUUCACGUACGUCUGCUGCGCGUCCGAAUCGCUCGCUCGGAAGCUCAAAAGAGAAAUAUCGGCCUUUUCGAAACUCCUGCGCACGAUUGACGGCAGGCCGUCCCCCGCUAAGGGCGAAAUAAGCCUCGAGUUCUUCCAAAAACACCGGACUAGAUGGUUCCUGCCGACAUACGUGCCCGUGCCUUGGGAAAUAUGGCGCGUAAGUUGUGAACUGACCGAAUCGGGCCAGGACAUGCAUAGACACGAGAGCGUAGUGGAAAUGCUUCAAGACCAAAUAGUUUUUAUCACAGAGAUAAUAAACCGUCACGAAUACGUGCCCAAGAUGCCUAACCGGUCGGACGCGGAUCUGAUAUUCGAUACCUCGUAUCCGGAUAUUCAACCUUAUCUCUUUGCGAUAAAGUAUAAGUUACCGGAAACUGAGUCGAAUACGGUCAGCAACACAGUUCGGAAACUAAUCAGGGACACCCUGUAUUUGUGAUUAUACGCCUGGUGAUUUUCUAUAUUGACAAUAAUUUUGUUUCGUAGUUUGACCUGAAAUGGCUAAUUAUUGUCGUCGAUGAAUUAUGUAAUUGUGAUAUAUUUUAAUGAUUUAGAUAAUCGAAUUUCGGCUAUAAAUGUGAGUCGAGAAAUUUAUUUAAUGUACUUAGUUAUUAGACAUUGAAAUAGUUUUAUUUUUAUUUGUUAAUCCGCCCCUAAGUUAAUAGUGAAUUAGUUAAACAAUAGUCAAUGAAAGCUGGUUGUUGUGUCCAUUUUACGUUUGAUCCUAACGUUUUAGGGUUAUCAAUUAUUUUUAAUUUAUAUCGGCACGUAUUUUGGCAAGUUUUGUUUGCGUCUUUUUAUUGUAAACACCGCGAUUAAUACGCGACAUCUAAGUCCUAUACGAACGUUAGGUUGUGAUAUCGGAUUUCCAUACAAUUUGUAUAGACUUUUAGUUCCAAAUUUGGCCACGGAGCGAUACUCAAAAUUGUCUAUAUUAUUAGCACGAAUUCUAUUUAUUAACCAUAUCUACGGAUUGCAUCUCAUAAAAUUCAAUUUAGUUUUAUAACUAGAACACUUAAAAAAAAUCAUAGAUAAAACAAAACCUUACGUAUUAAAAGGCUUGGCAAGACAGACGUGCCCUCCGAUAGGCCGCAUCUCACUUAACAUCAGAUUGCGGCCAAAUGUAUGUCUAGUUCUGUAUAAAAACGUUUCGUCCGUGCUAAGAGCCGUAUUCUUACCAAGGUACGUGUUGAACUAUAAAAAGUAGAAAUAAAAAAAUUGAUAAUGAUAUUUUAUAUGUUUUACCCGUCUUUAACAUAGGUUAUGUAAAGAAUUUUCAAAAAACUCAUAUAUUAAAAAAUUGUGAGCAGUUUGGGACAAUUUUUAUUUUGUGUACGGAAUAAUAGAACAGCAUAUCUUUUUGUCUUUAUUCUAUAAAAAAUAACUCGAAAAUAGUUCAAAGUUGCGGCUACUUCUCCAUAACUAAAUGACUCAGAAAGUUAGGUUGUAAUGAACCUCGAAGAACCACCGAUUUCUAGGUGGAGAUUUAACCGCAAUUUUAGCUGACUUGUAGGCGAAAUCCAAUAAGAGCACAUAGUGUAUAUUGUAGUGUAAAUAUAUUUUUCUCAUUCAAAUUAAUGGUUCAAUAUGAGAGCUUUAUAAUGCUUAUAUGUAUAUUGUAGAUUUUUCUCAGUAGGUUACUUUAAAGUGUGAUAAUUUUAACAUAAGAUGGUGCAUGGAUAGAAAGUGUAUGAGAAAAGAGAAAAUAUAAAAAAAAUCGUGUGUUCUACAGUGAAACUUAGAUUUAUUACUAAUUUUAAAUGUAUAAAUAGUUAUUUUCAUAUGUAACGCCUUGGGUUGGCCCGUAUUUCAAACGUCAAUGUCAAUGUCAAAGGACAUCGUGAAAUUACGAUUAACUCUUUUAAUUAUAUUAAAGUAAGCCUUUAUUCGGAUACUAUAAUUUUAAGUUAGUUACUUAUAAAUAGACGACCUCGGAAAGAGUGAAGGCGUCUUCCUCGUGUCGCUCAUAUUGGCUAGUCUUCUCCAAUCUUUCUGCACUCUCUUUUAUUUCAACGCUAAUCGAUUAUGGCGGGUGUCUAUUGGGUUAAGAUGGUUCUACGAACGUGUCAAAUUAUGGAAAACGUACGAACGUGGAAGGAAACGUUUUGCACGACUGUGAUUGGUCGAGAGCCGCACAUCGCCUCGAGCGAUCAAUGAUUUGGUUUUUUAAGUGAAUAAUAAAUAGAUAUACGUUUGAAUUACAGGCCAUCUUAUUAAAUAUAGAAAUUAUAUUCAAUUUAACUAAUUGUCCGCCCUUGAGUUAUAUGCUAUUAUUUUCAUCUUCGAAUAAGUUCUAAUGGCGUCAAAUAAGUACUAAAAUUUCCCUUAUGACAAUUUAAGUUAACGAACUGAUAAUCGUAACGUAGAUUAAAAAAACGAAGAUGAGAUUUGCUUUCCUAUAGUUGUGUUGUACUAUAAACUGUCGAAUUUUUAUCUCACUUUACUUCACUACACUACAUAGCUUUACUUUAAAACAAUCUAAACAUUUUGUAAAAUACACAUGAUUACAGAUGACGUUUAAUGUUCAAAACGAAGCAUAUUUUGUUUUUAAUCCAAAUUUAUAAACAACAAACAACAUCAUUGUAAGAUUCGAUAUAUCUACGGCUUAAUAUUAGGCCUUUAGAGUCGCCAUUCUGAUUACGAUAUUAAUGAAUAACAUAACCGGAGUUUCAAUGUCAAAAAGUCUUUUAUACCUUCAAUUUGUAUUUGUACUGACUCCAUCCAUGAACUGCUUUGCUUAUAAACGCCUCUCUUAGCUUAGCUGUCUAAAAUUAAGAACUGGUUAGCUGAGCGGUUUUAUAAGUAGGCGGUUAGUUAUUUACUUUCCUACCUCAUUUGUAGCUCUAAUUACCCUUGAUUGUAUCUUUUUAUUAACUUUUGUCACCAAAGAAAUGGCUGUAUCCUGACAAUGUUAUGAUUGGCCCUGUUCACGCUAUUAGUACCUAAAUGUGACCUUUUAAUAUCGUAAAGAGAUAAACCAAUAGAAAUUAUUACGAGUUGGGCGAUUUUCUUUAUUGCUUCACCAUGUUGUAGUGGUGCUGAUGAAGCAUAAGGCAUAUACUUAUACGUGGAAGAAGGGUGUGCCCUUUCUUGUAAAGGGCCCGGCUUCAAAGCAAGAAUUCUCGUCCAGUCUAGCUACUGGCUGGCCCGAAAGCGCUCUAGAAGUCGUUUAUGCUGAGCGGUUGAAAGCACGUCAGGUAGUGAUUUGUAUGUCUCACUAUAACGUCUAUAAUUUACCCUAAGUACAUACCAUUGGAACGACGUAUAAGGGAAAUACGAUUCUGAUCGAACACACCAACUCUAAAGGGGAGGGGUUGUUAUUUUACCUAAGGUCAAGCUUUGAAAAUAGAUAAAUUUAUUUGAUGAGACAUACGUCUAGAACUGGGUUCUUUCGACGGUAUAGUUGCCUCAUCAGAAGCGAAAAAAAGAUUACAAAUUUAAUUUUAUUUUUGUUAUUAUACGUGAAUUUAUCAUUUACCUGGAUUUAGAUUACGGACAAUGUAUUUUUGGAUGUAUGUUUCGAAGGGUUUGUGGCCUUCGUGGAAUUAAAGCAUAUUUUGGAUUUGGAUCUGCUAAAGUACAGAAAGAUAUUCUUUUGCAUAUUAACUAAUUAAUUACGCGGUAAUUUGGAGUGCAAAAGGAUGUAAAUAAAACAAUAAACAUAAAUCGGCAGCUAAAAAGCUUUUCCGAACAUAUUAUUAUAACUUCAAAAAAAUUUAAGGAGGAAUUUAUCGUGAAUGAAUCCAUUCCCCAUUAGGUGUGAGCUGGUACCACAAUUUUUUUGUACUUAGGUUCUGACACUUAAGUUCUAUUGGUUUCUUUCUUUACGAUCACAAGUUUCCUUUGUAGAUUAUAGCGAGCCGCUUAAGUCUUAUAAUUUAUGAUCCAAAAUCAAAUAUUUGGUGAUGAGACAAUAUUUUUAUACAGAUAAAUACAAAACUUUAUGGCUGCGUACAUGUUUUUGCGAACAUAAUUUCCCGUAUAAACCUUAGAGUAAGCCUGAGAUAGCUGUAUAAUCUUUUGUCUUUAUCACUUGCACUUUAAAAACAAAUAAAGCUGACAAAACAUUGUAUAACUAUUUGAGACUUAUGUUUAUAAUUUGCUAUUUUUGUAAUGCCAAAUCGUACUUGUAAGGUGUAUGGGAAAAAAUUGUGAAAGUGCGCUGGUAAUGUUAACGAAAUAGAUUUUUACGUAGUACAUAUUUAGCGAAGUAAACAAUCAUUGAUGAAUAGGUAUUGCACGAAAAACUUUAGAAGUCAAAAGAGGAGGAUACAUGCACAGACUACCGUAGAAGUAUUCUGUGCAAACAUUGUUUUGUUUCAAUUAUCUAUUUCGUUACUUAGUCGGUUUAUAGAAUGCAUUUAAACUUAGCUCGGGCUUGGCGCCAAACUAAAGCAAGUUUCGAUCGCAAUUUCACUACGAUUCAAAUAUAUACUUCCAAAAAGUUACUAAGUGACGAGUGAAGAGCUCGGACAAUUUCUUGCGUUUCUAUUAUUAUCAAUUCAGAUUUAAUGUAAGCUAAGUCUAAAUACGCUUUGUGCAGCCAAACCCUUAGAGUUGUGACUCACUGUGUGUCAAAAACAUAUGGAUGUGCUCUACAGGGUAUAUAUAAUAGCGCUGUCUCGACUCGGAAUCUUACCCUCUGUCUCGAUUCGCACCAGCCAUAGAGUUUGGCAAGUCUGUAGUGAGUAAAAAUUGUGUGCCUCGUUUAAGAUAUCGUCGCACGUUGUAUAUAAGCACCUUUGCCUUACUUAAAAAUGUUAUGUAUGGCUGUUACUUGUAUGUAAAGUAUAUGUUGUGAUGUAUCAGUUCAAAAGCAGGAUUUGUCUUGUGAUAAUUUAUAUAAAUAUGUGAAUAAAUGAUAAUGUAUUA